AUGAACUCGCCGGCCUCGUACCUCGGCUCGUCUAACUGGUUGUUCGAAGAAAACACGGUUACAAAGUGGACUGCCGAAGAGAACAAAAGGUUCGAGAAUGCGUUGGCCUUGUUCGAUAAAGACACGCCCGACAGGUGGCACAAUGUGGCGUCGAUGAUCCCCGGGAAGACGGUGAGCGACGUCAUCAGACAGUAUCGGGAGCUGGUCGAGGAUGUCAGCGAUAUCGAGGCCGGUCUGAUUCCGAUCCCGGGGUAUUCUGGCAAUUCUUUCGCCCUCGAGUGGAUGAGCGGCGGCCACUCGUAUGAGGGGUUGAAGGGUUUUUACGGGCCGGCCACCGGGAAGAAGGGCCCGUCUGCCCGGUGUGCCGAUCAUGAGCGAAAAAAGGGUGUGCCUUGGACUGAAGAAGAACAUAGACAAUUUCUACUGGGACUGAAAAAGUACGGAAAAGGCGAUUGGCGUAACAUUUCGCGUAAUUUCGUGACCACACGAACCCCGACACAAGUCGCAAGCCAUGCUCAGAAGUACUUUAUCCGGCAGCUUUCCGGCGGGAAGGACAAAAGACGGUCGAGCAUACACGACAUCACGACUGUUAAUCUCGACGAGAUCAAAUCUCCUUCGCCGGAAAAGAAUAAUGGACUACUCGACUCGCCGGAAAAGCAGAACUUGAUCUUACAAGUUCAACAGCACAAUCUUGAUGGAGAUGUUGUGGUCCGACCCAAUUACGAACCGGACCUGAAAAGCUCCGGAGCCGUAUUGGGCUUCAGCCCGAUCAUGGCCCACUUUCAAGGGACCUCUGGUUACGGCGGGCAUGGCUCGCCGCACUUAGGGCAUCAUCAUGGUACGGUUUUCCAGAUGAAUCCGAACUAG